AACCAAAAGGGCACCAAAUUUCUUGUGGACGAAGUGACGGGUGAGAUAAAGACCAACAAAGUGUUUGAUCGCGAGGGCGAUGACGGCAGGUUCGUCAGCGUCACCGUCAAGGCUGUCGACAGGGGGUCGCCUCCUCUGGAGGGCGUCUGUUCUUUUAAGGUUGAAAUCACUGAUAUCAACGACAAUCCACCGCUUUUUGAUCGACAAGAAUAUAAAGAGAAUGUCAAACAAGACACUCCUAUCGGCACUAAUAUAUUGCGAGUCUCGGCCUCUGACGAGGACGCGGACAACAACGGCGCCAUUACUUACAACCUAACGGCUCCUAAUGAGCGCUCAGACAUUGACUAUUUCGCUAUAAACCCAGAGUCCGGUUGGAUUAUGCUUAAGAGACCACUCGAUAGGGAUCAGUACCACUUGAGAGCUGUUGCUAACGACAAUGGAUAUCCACAACACAAAGCAUCCGUAGAAAUAGUGAUUGAUGUGGUGGACCGGGCUAACAAUCCUCCGAUUUGGGAUCAACCCGUUUACGGACCCAUUUCUAUACGUGAAAACUUGGACGUCGGACGCAAAGUGAUUUCAAUCAAAGCGCGCUCCGGUAUUCCCGAUAACCCAACCGUUUUCUACUCUUUAAUGAGAGGCGGAACGGAACAAACCAACAAAAGGGACAGCUUUUACUUAAGUCAAAGACUAGACAACGGUAUUACAUGGGCUGACAUUCACGUGAAUUAUCCACUCGAUUAUGAGAAGAUACAGCAGUACAACCUAACGGUGCGCGUAGAGAACAACGGUAUACAACAGUUGGCCUCUGAGGCCACAGUGUAUAUAGUGUUGGAGGACGUGAACGACGAGAUUCCCCUAUUCAUUGAGAGGGAACAGGAGACCGUUCUCGAGGGUAUGCCUCCCGGCACUAAAGUAACACAAGUGCAGGCCAUCGAUAGGGACGGCACGUAUCCAAACAAUAAAGUCUAUUACGGAAUCGAACCCAAGGAUGGAAGCGAUAAGUUCUUCUCAAUAGAUCGCGAAACCGGAGAAAUCUAUACGAAAGCCGAGUUCGAUAGGGAGGAGAAGCAGGCGUACGCUAUACUCGUGCGCGCAGAGGAUGGCAGUCCUUCCGACAGACCUAAUAUGAAACCCAAAGAACCAAAUUCUGUGACCAAAUAUAUCCGAAUAGGAAUCGGCGAUAAGAACGACAAUCCGCCGUAUUUUGAUCAACAGUUAUAUGAGGCAGAAGUCAAUGAAGACGAAGACAUUCAGCACACAGUGAUCACAGUCACCGCCAAAGACAAGGAUGAAUCAUCUAAAAUACGUUAUGAGAUAACCCGGGGUAAUCAGGGCGGAGCGUUCGCUGUGAAGAACGAAACGGGAGCCAUAUAUGUGGCCGGACCUCUCGAUUAUGAAACCCGCAAAGAGUAUAAGCUGCGUUUGGUUGCGUCCGACAACUUGAAUGAGAACUACACGACAGUAAUCAUUCACAUCAAAGACGUGAACGACAAUCCGCCCACUUUUGAUCGGCCCACGUAUGAGACACAGAUCACCGAAGAGGAUGACCGACACGUUCCCAAACGUAUCCUACAGGUCAUUGCAAUCCAUUGCCAUCAGUUGUUCACUUGUGAUGAUUAUGAGCUAACUCUGGUCGCAUCCGACACUUUACGUGAAAAUCACACCAAAGUUAGAAUCCGUGUGAAAGACAUUAAUGAUUUGCCCCCAAAAUUCGAUCAAAGCUCUUAUGAUACCACUAUUCUUGAAGAAGACUCAGUUGGUCUCCCGAAGAGUAUCCUAAAGGUAUUGUUCCCUAAGAGUAGACCAAAACUUGACGAUAAUGUGACGGCAACCGAUGGCGAUCGAGACCGUCCGCAGCAAAUCGUUUACUUCCUUACAGGUCAGGGCAUUGAUGACGAGGACCCGUCUAACAGCAAGUUUGCCAUCAAUACGACCACCGGAGAGAUAUACGUAUUGCGACCCCUGGACCGCGAUUUGCCGACCGGUCGCUCUCAGUGGCGGUUCACUGUAUUCGCUGAGGACGAGGGGGGGAAUGGAUUAGUGGGUUAUGCAGACGUGUUGGUCAACCUGAAGGACAUCAACGAUAACGCGCCCUUCUUUCCAUACUCCAUAUACACGGGUAAUGUAACCGAAAACGGAACGGCAGGCAUGACUGUCAUGACAAUGACUGCCACCGAUUACGAUGACCCGAGCGAAGGACUUCACGCCAAACUCAAGUACUCUAUCGAACAAAAUCAAGUGAACGAAAACGGGGAACUCAUAUUCACUAUCGAUGAGGAGACCGGUGUUAUCUCGACAGCCGUUUGCUGUUUAGACCGCGAAACUAAUCCCGAGUACACCAUCAAAGUGGUGGCAAUGGAUGGCGGAGGUCUUAAGGGCACGGGAACGGCAACCAUUAAGAUUAAGGAUAUCAAUGAUAUGCCGCCGGAGUUCACUAAAAAGGAUUGGUUCGUCGAAGUGGAUGAGACGGAAGGCGACGGUCUCCCAGAAGUACCCAUUUUGGUGGUGUCUGUCAAUGACGGAGAUUUGCUCGAAACCAAUCGAUUCAGUUAUAAAGUGAUUGACAACGCGUUUGGUUCGGACAAGUUUACGAUGGUUACCAACUCCGACGGCACCGGUUCUCUCAAAGUUGCCAAACCCCUCGACUACGAAGAUCUGCAGCAAAGGUUUGGCUUUAAUAUCACGAUAUCAGUCAGUGAUAACGGCGGCGAGUCUAUGGACGCCUAUCACGUGGAUUACGCCAAAGUGAACGUCAGAUUGCGUGACAUUAAUGAUAACAAACCGGAGUUUGAAAAACCAAACAUUGAAGUGACAGUUCUGGAGGACUCGAAAGAGGGCACAAGUUUGGCCACAUUCCUGGCCACCGAUGCAGAUCAGGGCGGGAAGUCUCGCGUCAGCUAUCAAAUCGAUCGCUCGUCUGAUAAGCGCCGACAGUUCAGUAUUGACCAAAACGGUGUCGUCAAGAUUCAGCGAAUGCUCGAUCGCGAAGAGACGCCCAGACAUCAGGUGAAGAUCCUUGCGGUGGACGACGGCGUUCCCCCGCGCACUGCAACCGCAACACUCACUGUAGUGGUCGGCGAUAUCAACGACAACGCGCCGCGAUUUUUGAAGGAUUAUAGACCCGUUAUAACUGAACACAACUCUCCCGGAAAAGUGGAAGAGAUCUUAGCCACUGAUGAUGACGACAGGUCUAAAGGCAAUGGUCCGCCCUUUACAUUCAGAAUGGAUCCCAACGCUCCCGAUCUGAUCAGAAAGUUCUUUGACGUGCAACACGACCCCAAAGGCGCCAAUGGGGACGGGAUGGCAAUCGUUCAGUCGAAGGAGAAGUUCGACAGAGAGACACAAAAAGAAUAUUUGGUUCCCAUUAUUAUCAAAGACAGCGGCUAUCCAUCGAUGACCGGAACGAGUACUUUGACGGUUAUAAUCGGCGAUAUAAACGACAAUCGUAUGCAUCCCGGAAGCAAAAACAUAUUUGUCUAUAACUUCAAAGGCCAGUCACCGCCCACUCAGAUCGGCAGAGUUCAUGUCGAAGAUCUCGAUGACUGGGACUUACCCGACAAGACAUUCUUCUGGGAGGGAAACACUGGACACCCAUUGUUUGAUCUCAACUCAGAUGACGGAAUGAUUACAAUGAAGAACGUGACGAAUGGUGAAUACCUCUUGAAGUUUAAUGUUUACGAUCGCAAACACACGCAAGAAGUGCCCACAAAUGUAACGGUUGUCGUCAAAGAGAUUCCCGAAGAAGCCAUCUAUAACUCGGGGUCAAUACGAGUGUCCGGUAUCACAGCCGAGGACUUUAUUCGUGUUUGGAAUUAUCAACAACAGAGACAAUUGCCGUCAAUGUAUGACAAAUUCAAGGAUGUAUUGGCGAAAGUGCUGAAAGUCGACAAAAAUAAUUUGGAUGUCUUUAGUGUUAUCACUAAAUCAGAAAGACCUCCCAUUACUGACAUCAGAUUUGCAGCCCAUGGCUCACCCUAUCAGAAGUCCGUAUACCUCGACGGAGCCGUUAGUCUGAAUCGCAGAGUUAUUGAACACGAAGUCGGUCUCAACAUAACAUUAGUGGGAAUCGAUGAGUGCCUCUUCGAGAACGUGAAUUGCGAGAACAGUUGUACUAAUAUUCUGGAGAUCAACCCCCAGCCCAUUGUCGUGAACGCCAACCGAACCGCUUUCGUGGGCGUCAACGUCGCGACGAGACCUAAGUGUGUCUGCGGUGCCCGUGAGUUCACUGAACCCGAGACGUGUCGUAAAAUGCCGGCGCCCUGUCUUAACGGCGGCAGAUGUACCGACUCGUCGGUUGGAAUUCUCUGCAAAUGUCCCGAAAACUUCUACGGCCCGCAGUGCCAGAUGCCUGUCCGCUCAUUCAAGGGUGACGGGUGGGCCUGGUUUGCACCCUUACAACAGUGUCAGGACUCGCAUCUGAGUCUGGAAUUCAUGACCCGAACACCCAAUGGUCUCAUCUUCUAUAACGGACCUAUCGUUGAGCCCGUGAUGGGAAUGCGUGCCAUAAAGGACUUCAUUUCACUCGAACUCUUCAGAGGAAAACUCCGAUUUCUGAUAGACUUUGGUUCGGGAACUGCGGAACUGACGCUUAACCCUUCGGGAGACUUACACGACGGGGAGUGGCAUAGAGUCGACAUAUUCUGGACUAAAGAGUCGGCCAGACUUAUGAUUGACAACUGCGUGGGAACUGUUGUGGACGAAGUGGAUCCGCCAAAGAUCGACAGAACCCGCUGCGAGAAUAUCACCCGAAUUGUUGGCUUCAAUGAGUACCUGAACGUGAAUUCUCCGCUUCAAAUCGGAGGCGUCCUUAUGGGCCACAAACCGAUUGACAACUACUAUGACUGGCAUUACUUGCCAUCGAAGGACGGCUUCAACGGAUGCAUUAAGAACUUCAUUCACAACUCAGUGAUGUACGACUUGGGUUCACCCGGAAGCUCGGAAAAGAGUGAACCGGGAUGUCCUCCAUCUGACGAUCAAUGCAACGCCAACUCAAUCACCAAGAAAUGUCUUCACGGCCAGUGCGUUGGCACCUAUAACUCUGCGCGUUGUGUGUGCGACAACGGCUGGUGGGGCGUGCGGUGCGACAAAGAGACGCAGUCGAAGAUGUUUCAACAGAGCAGUUAUAUCAAGUACGCCCUGUCCUUCGAGCCCGACCCCUACAAGACUGACAUCGAGCUUAUGUUCCGCACGCGUCAAAAACACGGCGAACUCUUCCGCGUGGCCUCAAAACACGGCCGCGAAUACUGUGUCCUCGAAAUCAAAGACAAGAGAAUCCGAUUUAAGUAUAACUUAAAUAAUUUGCGGUCUUCUGAUGAGCGCGAGCUAUGGCUGCCGUAUGUGUUUGUCAGCGACGGUCAGUGGCAUACCGUUCACGUCCAACGCUUCGGCAGCACUGCCUCCAUAUCCCUGGAUGGCGGCGGCGGUCGUCGAUUCAAUGAGAUUAUAGACUAUGAGGGUUACCAUCAACUCCUUCCCGUCGAGAAACAGAAUGUGAUCGCCGGAGGAGAUGUCCAAUAUGUCGGCCCCGGUGUUACUGUUGUGGACAAUGACUUCCAAGAGGGCUGUAUGAAUGACAUUCGUCUGGAUCACAGGUAUCUCCCGAUGGAAAAUGGAUCUGAAAACGCAGCGGUCGUCGAGUGGAGAAAUCUCUUAAAUGGCUGUCCCUCAAACAAUCCGUGUGAAGGUAUUCACUGUAACCAUCCAUUUGAAUGUUUGGACCUCUGGAUGAUCCACGAGUGCAGAUGUCCGGCCGGGUUUACCAAUACUAAUGACGGCAAGAACUGUACGGAUUUGAACGAAUGCGAGGCAUUGAAUCCGUGUCAGAACGGGGGCUCGUGUAUGAACCUCGAGAAAGGGAUGGGAUAUUACUGUAUAUGUCUGGAAAACUUUUCUGGUGAACUGUGCUCUGCUAUGCGAAUGGGAAAAGAGGUUCAGUUGUCGAGCGCUGCCCUUAUGAUGAUUAUCAUAUGUCUCGUGAGAAAUAUCUAUAAGUAUUGCGAUUCAACACUCAGUUGUCCGACGGGUCUACAAAUGACGGGCAAUAGACUCGGCUGUGAAGACAAGAAUGAAUGCGAUUACCAUCCGUGCGGUAGAGGCGGUCAGUGCUUCAAUGUGGAGAGUGGGGGCGGCUAUUGGUGCGACUGUCCCCUCGACGGCUUUCGAUGUGAUAACUGUAGCUGUGAUGAGGGCCCGUAUAUACGACCCUCUUAUGCUAAAAUAGGCUUAGGAGGCGAUGCCUUAGCCAUUAUUAUAUUGUCAUUAAUUUUCUACUUAAUAUUGGUUUUGGUAAUAAUCGCUUACACGAGAAGCCGUCGUCCGCACCAUAAGUUCGGUAAUGAGAUGGACGACGAUAUCCGAGAGAAUAUCAUCACAUAUGACGACGAAGGCAUGUCUUCUCAUGUUAUGUCAAUGUCUCAUAAAUUAACACAUAAUUUGUUGUCUUCUAAAGGCGGCGGAGAAGACGAUAUGAAUGCCUACGAUAUAACACCUCUUCGUAUUCCCAUCGACGCGGCCACCGGUGCUAUGGUUGGCAAAGAUAAGCCCGGAAUCAUUAAAGACAUGCGACAGAGACAAUAUCCAAUUGAUCCGAAUCGAGACGUUGGAGAUCUGAUUCGCGACAACUUGGAGAAGGCAGACCACGACCCCAAUACCACCCCUUACGAUGACUUACGGAACUACGCGUACGAGGGCUGCGGCAGUACGAGCGGCUCAUUGAGCUCUCUUGCGUCCGGAAUGGAUGAUAACGAACAAGACUAUGAUUUUCUGAACCGUUGGGGCCCCAGAUUUGCGGCCCUUUCAGCCAUGUAUGGACAGGGAGAGAGUGAAGACGAGUGAAGUGGCACUCCAUUCUCACGUAUAUAUAUAAAUAUUAGCCAAAUGUUCAGAUCUCAACAAAAUAUCAACCAUUUAUUGUACAUAAGAUGUAACUAAUUUCCGACCGACUCUUGAAUCACACAACAAGUCAUGACUCAAUCGUCUCUUAAUAACGUUUUUAUAAUUUUAGACGAAAUUUUAAUAUUUAGCAAAAAUACUGCAAUAAUGCCAUUAAAUAAGAGAUGAAAUCAAAUCAAAAUGAUUGAUGAAAAUAGCGAUCACUUCCUAAUCGACUCGACCAUCACGUGAAUGAACUGUUAAGAGCCGUCCCAUUAUUAUAUGCCGUUAUUAUUGCACUUAUUUUCCAAUCAAUUGUUUGCGACGGAUUUGGACUCAUAAACAGUUUGUGUUCAGUGCUUAACGAUUGUGAUUAUCAUUAAUUACCACAACAGCCAGACUUCUCUAAGCAAUGGUCGGCCAACUGCUCAACACUUUCUAAUAAUGUGUAUCACAAUUGCCAUCAAUUAUACCAUUUUGUGACACUUUUUGAAUAUUAUAUUUCGUGAACUAUUAGUUCAACUAAUUUUCAGUGAUAAUGUCGUCUAAUAUUUAAUAACUGUAUACUAAUUGGUUGUCUAUUUAUUGUGUCGAAAACUCUUUUAUAUUAAUUUAUACAUUCAUUUCUACAAUCGACCGACAAUUGGGCCCAAAAACUGCCAUUUUAUCACUCAAUCAAUCAGUGAUUUUAAAAGCCAUUCAAUGGACGAACGCAUUGAAUGAAUGAGCCGUCAGUUUCUCAACAUUCCAGUGGUUUUUGAAAAGGACUUCAUUUCAAGUUUAAACCCUUUUAUCGGCAGCUCUUGUGUUGCUAUCAUUUCUCUAUCCAAAUACGAGCCCUUCUAUUGAGUGCCAACUAAUCCACCAAUUAUUUGAAAGAUUUUAUUUUUUCUUAGUUUAUAUCGUAAU